AUGGGUUACAUGUCGCUUCACGAUACUGAGCUGAGCUCGUCCACGUCCGCUGCGUCUCGUCCUCUCCGCUACCACAAGUUCCAUCAACCAACCUCCACUCUUACAAUCUGUCUCUGUGUACUGGAUCGUAGUUCAAUUAUACCUUUUGUCACGGGGUUCUACCUGUAUACUUUGCAUACGACCAACGUCAACGACUCAAAGUCUGCCGUCAUGCUUAUCCAAGUCGCCGCACCAACAUACCAGUUUCUCUCCCAGCCGCCAGCUCAGAAGAAACGGCCUGCGCCCAACCAACCGCUGCCCUCUCCCCCGCAAGGAAAAGCCCCUUCGCCGACAUACCACAACGUCUGUCCGCAGCCUACACCCAUGCAACCUCUCCUGCGCCGUCGUCGUUCCAACACGACCUCCGCCAUCAGCGCCUGGGCCGCCGCCGUCCAACCAGGCUCGCCUGCCCCUUGCUCUCCUCCCAUCCGUCGCCCGUCCACCCACCGGCGUCCCUCUACCAGCCGCGGGCGCAGGUCCUCCAUCACCUCCCAACGUGUGCCCUCCGGGUCCUUCCUCAGCCUGACGCCCACCAGCGCGCAGAUCAGCCUCACCCCAGGCAAGACGCCCUCGACGGCCGAAGGAUUCAACUUCCUUAUCUGCGCCGGCUACUCCGCCGCCUUCCUCCGGAUUCCGGUGCCGCCCACGCCUGCGACAGCGGCCAUCCCGUCCUCCAACGGCGCCGACGGCUUCAAGGAUAUCCCCAUCCCACCCAUCCCCGCUAGUCCCGCGAAAAGCAAAGGGAUGCGUCUCCGCUCCCUAUCGCUCUUCAAGCGCGGUCGAUCCAAAUCGGUAAUGGGCGCUACUUCCGGCUCCGGACCCACCCCACCCUUAUCGCCCGCGCUAGCGACCAGCAAGACGUCGUCGGGCACGACCAAGUCGCAGCGCUCUGCAUCCAUCGCAGCGAAGAAGCGCAGGAAGUACCCGAAGCUCCCCGCGCCGCUGCCUUUGACUUUGGCGCAGGAGGCCGAACUGGCGCAGCUACUUGACGGCGGGUCGACACGCACGAACGUGCAGCGUGUCAUGCGCGAUAAAGCCGUCGCGAACGGCACGGCCGAGGGCGUCGCGGUCGCGACGAAGGACGAAAACGGGGUAUGGUGGGAGGACGCGGAGGAGCGGGAGGAAUUUGUACAUCUCCUCGCGGACAAGGACAAGGACACGAGCCCCGGCGCGCAGUGGGUUGAGUUCUUCUUUGCCGGGGCCGGCGCGACCAGCCCCAGCACAGGCGUCGUAUCCGCCACGACCGCAUCGUCUCUCGACCCUCGGUGCCUUGUCCUUCCCGCCACGGACGAUCUUGCGCUCUUCGGCUUUGCGCCCUUCGACUCGGUCGUCACCUCGCAGUCCGGUGGGAACAAAUCCGUCCUCGCGAUACCCGCUCGGCCCCGUCGCGCCGCGGAGCACCUCCGCCGCCCGGCGCUCCUACACGACGCGUUCGUCGCCCUACCCUCGUCGCCACGGUCGCCCAAGGCCCCUCGGUCGCCCAAGUCCUCCUCGCCGCGGUAUCCGCACGCGUUUUCGCGGCGCGUGCGCAGGCGCCCGACGCCGCUCAAACUCUCGCCGCCUAGCCCCGCCGUCAAGCGAGCAGUCAACGGCCAGGGCCAGCCGACCGCCGACGCGCGCAAAGGGUUCUUGGAGGACUCGUUCGAACCCGAGUCCGUGCCCAUGACCGCCCCUCUUCCUGUCGCCGCCGCGCAGCAGACCGACGCCGUGACUGCAGCUCGUGUAGUAUCGCGUAAGCCUUCGAUGUGGAAGCUGCUGCGCAAGGUCAAGACAUGAAUGCGACAACACCCCUUCUUUGACGAUCUUACCAUCCCAUGCAAAAUCCGUCUACAUCAUCACCACUGU